GUCGCUUUCCAACUCGACUCGCCUCUCCCUCCGCCAUCUCGCCUAUCUCUCCGCCGUCUCGCCCCGUUUUUGUUAGGCUCGUCGCUUCGGUCCUCAUCUCGACGCCGACGCCCGACGGCAAAUAGCGUAGAAGCGAUCAACUGUAGUCUAAUUUGAGGCAGUAAUUUCACCUCCACAUCUCUUCCUUCUGCUACCCAAUCUAAAUCUAAUAGCUUUUUGCCCUAAUUUUCCAAUUCUUAUUUUCAUGGACUUUCAUUGAUGCAGGCUAUGGAAAGAUAUUUUUCAAAGAAGAGAAGUCGAUCAUCUGAUCCAGAUAAUGAUGCGGGGACAUCGAGGUCACCCGUCAGAUGUAAGCAAACUGCAUCAAAUGUCGCUGUCAGUAGUCUCCCAAAGCCUUCUAUCCACAAAGAGAUUAAUUUAGAUGAAUUGCCCUACGAUCCGGCUUAUCGGAAGAGAAUUUCGGAGUACACAAGAAAUCCUAAGAAGCAAGAUGAGAUUAGGCGACGAUACUUAACAAGGGGACCUUACAGGCCUCCGUCUACUUUUGUUUAUCCACACAGGGACAUUGGAGAUACUCAACGAAGAUUUAAUCCAGACUGGUUUAAAGAUUAUGGUCGUUGGCUUGAGUAUAGUGACAAGGUGCAUAAGGCCUUUUGUUUGUGUUGUUAUCUUUUCAGAGAUAAUAAUGAGGGACAAGCUGGGAGUGAUGCAUUUGGAAUUAAUGGUUGGAACGGUUGGAACAAGAAAAGUAGGCUGGAUACCCAUGAGGGUAAAGGUAAUGUUAAUAGCUUUCAUAAUGUAGCAGUAAAACGGUGUGAUGCUUUGAUGAAUCAAGAUCAAUCAAUUCUGGUAGCUCUCGAUAAGCAAACUGAUCUUACAAAAAAGCAAAAUCGAAUUCGGCUUAAUGCUUCAAUUGAUUCUGUUAGAUACUUGUUGCAUCAAGGCUUAGCUUUCCGAGGCCAUGACGAAACAGAAGAGUCAAAAAAUAAGGGAAACUUUCGAGAGUUGGUAAAAACUUUGGCAAAUCAAAAUGAUGAUAUACGGAAGGUAGUUCUUGAGAAUGCUCCACAAAAUUGCAAGUGGGUAUGUGGAGAUAUUCAGAAGGAAAUUGCCAACUAUUUUGCCAAGAUAACUUUGAAUUCUAUUAUUGAAGAAAUUGGAGGUGAUGUGUUUAGUUUGUUGAUUGAUGAAGCUGCUGAUGUGUCUGACAAAGAGCAAAUGGCAGUUGUUUUGAGAUAUCUUAGCAAGCGUGGAUUUAUCAUUGAACGGUUAGUUGGAGUAGUACAUGUGCAAGAAACAUCGGCAAUAUGUCUUCAGGCCGCACUUCAAAAAUUAUUCACCGAUCUUGGUUUAAGCAUAAAACAAGUCAGAGGACAAUGUUAUGACGGGGCUAGCAAUAUGCGCGGCGAGUUCAAUGGCUUGAAAGCAAAGAUUUUGCAAGAGAAUAAGUCAGCCUAUUAUGUGCAUUGUUUUGCUCACCAACUCCAGUUGGUUAUUGUAGCAGUAGCAAAGAAGCAUGAAGAUAUUUCAGAUUUUUUCUACAUGAUCUCCAUUUUAUUUAAUGUGGUUGGAGCUUCUUGCAAAAGAAAGGACAUGAUUAGAGAGAAACAUCGAGAGGAUGUAAUAAAAGCCAUAGGUAGUGGGCAGAUUAGCACUGGCAGAGGGUUAAAUCAAGAUCAAACUCUUCAGAGAGCUGGUGACACUCGUUGGGGCUCACACUACAGAACUCUCUCAAGUCUAGUGAAGUUGUCCCCUGCAGUCAUGUCUGUUCUGAAAUAUGUGGAGAAAGAAGGAAAUGCAAAUACUUUGUCACAUUCUUUACAAAAGAAGGAUCAAGACAUCCUAAAUGCCAUGUCAUGUGUCAAGUCCACAAGGAAUGAGCUACAAGAACUAAGGGAGAAUGGAUGGGACUCACUGAUACAGAAGGCAUAUUCAUUUUGUGAAGAACAUCACAUUGAGAAGGCGGACAUGCUGGAGCAAUAUAUCAAUCGACACAAACCAAGACAAAAAACUAAUAAGACAAACCUCCAGCAUUACCGAGUAGAGUGUCUUAAUUCUGUUAUUGACUGGCAACUUCAAGAGUUUGAUGACCGUUUCAAUGAGGUAAAUUCUGCAUUACUUGGUCACAUGGCUUCUUUCAACCCAAACGAUGGAUUUGUUGCUUUUAACUUGGAUAGCUUAGUGAAGCUAGCUGAGUUUUAUCCAGAUGAUUUUGAUUCAAAAAAAAUGGAUGAUCUUGGUCCUGAACUGCGCACUUACAUUGAUAAUGUGCGAGCGGAUGAAAGGUUUGCUAAUUUGGACGGGAUUGCUGAUCUUGCGAAGUUAAUGGUGCAGACAAAUAAACAUGUUACUUUUCCCUUGGUCUAUCAUCUUCUAAAGUUAGUAUUGAUAUUACCAGUUGCAACAGCAUCCGUGGAGAGAUGCUUUUCAGCUAUGAAUGUUGUCAAGAAAAAGUUGCGCAACAAAAUUGGUGAUCAAUUCAUGAGUGAUUGUCUAAUUUGCUAUGUGGAGAAAGAGACGUUUUCUCCCAUUAGUAAUGAUGCUGUGUUUGAUCUUUUUAAGGCAAUAAAAGAUCGAAAAGGGAAGCUCUAA